CCUGACCACAACCCAACAGCAUCCUCACUGCAGAAAGUAGUUGUGACACAUAUUGAAGCCAGCUGAAUUCACCUGAGAUUGUUCGCCUAACCUGCCGUCCUGCGGUGCUCCUCCAUUCGACUGCGUUGCGUUAAUUUCUCCCAGACUGAGACCACAACACGCCAUCCCACCUUCGCACACGACAUCCCCGAACCCUUUUCAAGACUCGCCUCUCCUCCUUUUCACUUGCCAUUCUCCGUCCAAAUCGGCAUUCUGCGCGGGUCUACGCCCAACCAUGGAUACAAAGAUGGACGUUGACGUGGGGAAACCAGCGCAGCCUCACGGCUUGUCUCCUGCGACGGACCCGCAAUCAAUACCGACCCUCGAUGGCUGGAUUGAGAGCUUGAUGGACUGCAAACAGUUGGCGGAGAGUGAUGUAUCAAGACUUUGCGAUAGAGCUAGAGAGGUUCUCCAAGAGGAGUCAAAUGUACAGCCAGUGAAAUGUCCUGUCACAGUCUGCGGCGACAUUCAUGGCCAGUUCCACGACUUGAUGGAACUCUUUCGCAUCGGCGGUCCCAACCCAGACACGAACUACCUCUUUAUGGGAGACUACGUAGAUCGCGGCUACUACUCCGUCGAGACCGUGACCCUUCUUGUCGCGCUGAAAAUCCGAUAUCCUUCCCGCAUCACCAUCCUCCGUGGUAACCAUGAGUCCAGACAGAUCACGCAAGUCUACGGCUUCUACGACGAAUGCUUGCGAAAAUAUGGCAACGCCAACGUCUGGAAAUACUUCACAGAUCUCUUCGACUACCUGCCCCUUACCGCUUUGAUCGACAACCAGAUCUUCUGCCUGCACGGCGGGCUUUCUCCCAGCAUUGACACCCUUGAUAACAUCCGAUCGCUGGAUAGAAUUCAAGAAGUCCCCCACGAAGGUCCAAUGUGUGAUCUCCUGUGGAGUGACCCUGAUGACCGAUGCGGAUGGGGUAUUAGUCCAAGAGGUGCAGGAUACACAUUCGGGCAAGAUAUCUCCGAAGCGUUCAACCAUAACAACGGCUUGACGCUGGUGGCCAGAGCUCAUCAGUUGGUCAUGGAGGGUUACAAUUGGAGCCAGGAUCGCAAUGUGGUGACCAUCUUCAGCGCGCCCAAUUACUGCUACAGAUGUGGUAAUCAGGCUGCCAUCAUGGAGAUUGACGAGCAUCUGAAGUAUACAUUCUUGCAAUUCGACCCAUGUCCCCGAGCCGGCGAGCCAAUGGUCAGUCGAAGAACGCCAGACUACUUCCUCUAGACAAGAUCCAUGCACAACCUUGCCCAGAUUACACGACUAGAGUCCCAGAAACUGCCACAUCCUCGGGUGGGUGUGGUUCUCCAUUGCGCUUUGAUAGACGAGGGUUUCACACAAACGACAGGGGCGAUCAUUCAGAAAGAGAAAAUAUCGUGUAAAGCAAGGGGCUUCACAAAGCAGCAGGUCCGUGAGAAGUGACUCCAGAUAUCCUGGACGUGAAGAGAGGUGAUGGCAUGAGCAUGACGAGUGUGAACGAGGACGCAGGCAGCGUGUGAGCAGCGGAAUGCCCUCCAGAGAGACCCAAAGAAACGAUGUUUGAUAGACAUACAACCACCAAUCAUGCACACUUGCCAGAUGGGUAUGGUCCUCUGCUUCACGCGCUGCCUUUGCUAGGGCGUCGGGCCUUCUGUGCGAUGUAUUACAAGACCAUUAAUGAAGAGUUGGGAGACUGGGUUUUCUUUUGGCCUGUCCCUGGGUUUCAUUGUCUUUGUUCCGUUCUACACCGCUCGUGUCUUGCCAUGGCGAUUCGCCCCGUUCAGGCGUGCACCAUGCGUAGAGAUCCUGGUGUGUAGCUGCUAAGGCCUAUGUAUAUCCCAGGCUAUUUGGCCGCCUUUCGUCCCCACUCUCCCCUUCUCGACGGACGCCUUGCAAUGAGAGCCACACGAUUG